UGCUCUGUCAUCAACCGGAGAGGAAGGAGGAUGAGGAAGUGGCUGGAGCAGCAGGACUGGACUAGGAGAUGUAGCUACCUACACUGAAGCACCUACAGCUGUCAGGAGGUUACUAGCUAGGCAGCUAGAUAAUAGGAAUAUUUGACAAUGCGAUGGGCAACUGCUGGGCAUACUGUGUUGGGCUCUUCAGGAGAGAAGCCAACCGGAUCCAGAGAGGAGGCGGGUCCAAAUACUUCCGAAGCAGUACCACAGGGGAACAUUAUACAAUAGAGUUUGAAAAUCUGGUUGAGAGUGAUGAGGCUGAGAGCCCACAGCCCUGCCCGAGGCCCAUCAGUGAAGAUGAGAUCAAGCACCUCAAAGAGCACCGCUACACUGCACUCUCAGACAAGCAGAUCCUGAUAGACCAGAAACUACAAGUGGAGUUAGAGGCACAAGAGGAGAAGUUGAGGCUAGAAGAGGAGGCUAGAAAUGCCGCCCAGCGUGAGGCCGCCAGGUUGGCACGUGAACGAAAAUUGAAGGAGCAGCUGUCUGCCCAGAAGAAACGGGGGAAAGCAGAUGGCUCCGGCAGUGAAACUCAGCAAAGAAAACAAGCCUCUGGGGAGGAUUUUGACAUCUACCUCCAUAGUGUAAAAGCCCAGUCCGAGGCUUUCAGGAGCACCAGACUGCCCUCUGACACCAAUGUGGUGACUCCCAACACAGAGUACAGCUGGGAUUUCACCACCAAGACCCGCUCCACCAACGAUGACGGGACCUCACUGGAUCUAGAGUGGGAAGACGAGGAAGGAAUCAAUCGUGCGCUUCCAGCCUGGGAGAGGUCUCGGACGGAGGAGGACAUCCUGCGCGCAGCCCUGAGGCCUGGCAGCAAGCAGAUGAACAGCGGCCCGACCUCGGCCUCCGAGGACUCCAACGCGCUGGAGUGGGAGAAUGAUUUUGUGAGUAACCAUCCAGAGGACAAUGCAGACACUGAAUUCGAAGGGUUUGUCAAUCCUGUCCUAGACACUCCCUCUGAGGAUGCCACGGACUGUGGCCUCAGGUUGGACAACCAGGACAGAUAGUGUCCAGCACCAAAGGGGACGUUGUGUGCACUCUUCAUGUCAAAGCUCACCAGCUUUUUGCCUCAUGACAUGGAAAUGUACUUACUUGCUCUUCAUAGUCUGUAACAUGAGACUCUGAUGCUGCAGGAAUAUGUGUUUCUACACUACAGUAGUGUGGGGAUGUUUUUAUCAAAUACUCGUUUUUCAGUGCCUUCAUUUGCCAAAUUAGCUGACCAUUUUAUGCAUCGUAACUUAAACUGUUACCAUCCAUUACCAUUUGACACAUUGUUCAGUAAGUGCUUAUUUUCAACGCACAGUGCCCAAGUGACCAUACAGAAGCUGCUGAGCUACGCUGAAGGGAAACUUUAUAGGAAAAGCAGAUGGCUGCUUUAGGAGCUGCAUAUUAUACUCACUGCUGGAAAUGGACAUAUAUCACCGGUUGUGGGGAGAUGGGAGGGUAACUUAUUAAAUUCCAGUUGACAAUUUUUCCUAUGCAUUUGAACUGUCCUGUGUAGCAGCAGUAGACAGCCCUCUGUGCAGUACCCGGGGACCAACCGCAGUUAUGAGGCCAGUACCUUGGUCACUUGGUCCUACAUUUCUUUUGGUGUGAGACAAACACAGAAUAAAACAUCCAUGCUACAGAAAAAAUCCUCACUCAGACAUCAGUGUCUCUCAUCUUCAGUUUUAUAAAGUUAUUGCAUGAUGGCAAAAAAGGAACUGAGGUCUAUGUAAAGGUUGCUAAACAUUAAUCUAAACCGUUUUGAUUAAUUGGUAUAAUAAUGUCCGCAUUCACAUCAUAAGUGAGGGUCUUUUUUUUUUCAGCAUGGCCAAUAUGGGACCUGUCAAAUUUAAAACUGCAACUGUAAUUUGUGCAUUUUCUGAUAUAAUUGUUCAACUCAUAGGAUACCACUGAGACAUUCAUUGAACUCCAUCUAGGCUCAAAACAGCUUUCCUACCUGAUUAUAUGUGUCCACCUCUCAGGGCUAACAGCCUCUUGUCCAGAAAAAUAAGAAUAAAGAAGCCCAAGCAUGAAAACAAUUACUGACCUUUUGCAGUAAUAUGCUCAGUGGUGUUGUUUCUAAAUAUACACAUUUCCAUAAGUGACAGUUUUAUAAACAACAUGAUUAAGCACACACCUACUGGUCUAUUGUAGGUUUUAAACUUUUUCUUUUUUUCUUGAUGUUUAGAUUUUUUGUCAAAAACCAACAACUACACACACACACACUUUCUAUAUUAUUGAUUAUGGGCAGCAGCUCGACAUCAUUUAUAUACAAUUAGCAUAGAUAAUGGUUUGGCAGAGCAGACGGGAAACAGAAGGCAAAUGAGCCUCUUUCUUUAUCCCAACAAAUAUAGUAUCUAAACUGGCCUUUGUCAUAGAUUGCCAGGUUCCCACAACAUUUAAGGAGCUGCAAUCAGCACGAUUGGUAGUGCUUAUUCUGACCAUUAUUCUUGAUCUAAAUCCACAUAUGUCUGCUGGAAAGCAAAAUGAUUAAGCUGUUAAUGUGAAUAUACAACAGGUGGAACAUAACAGGAGACAAUCUUAACUAAAAACAAAAAUCUACUGGUUUCUGAUUGGUUGCAGAAAAAGUAGCUCUGAACUAAGAACAUUCACACAUCCCACUGUGACUGCUCACUGCUAACAAUGAAAGCAAUAUUUUGUGGACAUUGUGAAAAGAUAAAUGACACGCAAACUGGAGUCUGGAUGUAAAAAGAAAAAUUACAUGCAAACAUGACUCAUGUUGGAUAAACUUUGUCAUGUCCCUAUAGUUGAUCCGAUGCUGCUGUAAGCAUUAUUCUAGUUCUUGUGCAUAGCAUUUUUAUAUCCUGAGCAAAGUUUAGGACAGUAGUGUUUCACAUCGAUUAUUUAAUCAGUUUGAAUCAAAAGUAGUUUACUGAGUGCAUUCCAAUGUGUGGAUUUGUAAAAGCUCUCCACUCUUAGAAGAGAUUCACUGAAAUGAUUCACUUAUGUGAAGAGGAAAAUGUGCACUACUGUUGAAGUGUGUAGACGAGACACGGGUGACUUGCAGAGAUUUUACUUCUUAAUAUUUGAGUGUGUAAUUUAAGAAUAGUAUUGUUUUGAGCACAUUUGAAUAUUAUGUGUUGCUGCGAAUACAUGAAUUCUGAUUAAUUCAUUCAGUCAUUUUCUGUAUAAAAAAACCCUUAACAUUCCCUGUUAAGAGAAAAAAUGAAAUAUAGAAAAAUGUAUUGCCAUCACAUGCACUCACUGACCUAGUGUACAGCUGGGAUUGGUACAAUUUUAAGUAGCAUUAUUUCACAGAACCAUCACCUUAAUCAGUCUUGUUAGCUGUUGCUGCAAGUCACUUUGUUUUUAAAGAUGAUUCACACUGGCAGAAUGUUUGAACAAACUAAAUGAAUUGGUGACUUUAGUACAGGCAGCUCCUAAACCAAGUCAAAGUUAAACUUGCACCACAAUACAAAUUACAAAUACACAAAACAAUCUACAGAUCUCAGCUCUCUACUAGGAGCUUGGGAUGUUCAACAAAAGUGAAACAUCACUUUAACUAGAGGUACUACAUGGCUGUAUGGCAAGACAAGAGAUGGGGCUAACUCUAUUUACACUGCACUGUGUGUUUCUGUGUGAUCUGUCACAGCUCAGUUUGUUGUACAUGACCCCACUGUUGUUCAGGGGUUUGAGUCCCUUUUUAAGAAUCCAUACUUAAAAUUGACACUGGUAAAAAAAAAAAAUGCUGUUAACUAAUUCACCAAAGCCUAUUUACACUGUACAGUAAUCAUUUUUGUAAAGUAUUGUAGUCAUCAUGUUUGCUCAUUUAUAUGAUUCCCAAAAUCACAUGUCAACCAAUAAACCUCCUCAGUUUGUGUUGAAUGUAUUUAUGUCCUUAAAGGCAGACUGCACAAUGUUAAAUUUUAGCUGGGGGGGUGGUGUUAUUUGUUGCUUUCAACUGAGUUUAAAACAAAGCCAAAAUGAUGUGCAAAUAGCACAUGAAAGUAACUAGAAACUAACUAACUAGAAAAGACACUAGCAGUGCAGCAGAUACAGUGCACAUACAGUGUAUAAAGAAUUGAUUCAAGGAAUUGACGCAUUUUAAAAUAACUGAUCACCAUGCAGGUUCAUUUUAAACCAGCAUCAUACAACCAGCAGCAGGCAGCAUUAAAAUAAAAAACCUUUUACACUCCUGCUGGAGCACUCUGCAGGUCAUCCUCAGUGGUCCACCGCCUGACUCGGUUUUGGAAGCGCCGCUCUCACUAGUUGCUUCAAGAUGUAGGAAUGGGCUGUUGAUAAUCUGUCAUAAAUUUCCCACAACUAAAUAGUAAUUUUACUGCUCUGUGUUUUAAAUGCAGUGAUUCAACUUCCUGCCCGUUCACGUGUUACUCAUUAGCAUUGUGAACACUCUGCCUGUUAUAUCUCUGCUGUGAAAAAUCCUCUGUGAACGGGAAGUGACUAAUUUCAUAUGUGUUUUUCAAGUAGGGGAAGACUUGUGUAAUUAACAGGCCGUGAUAGACACGAUGACUAAACUGUCAAAGAAAAGUGUGACACAAAGAUACUCCAAGUACAUCCAAACGUAAUACAUUUUAUUUAAAAUGUGUCUCCUAACAGCACUCUGACACUGCAAAUCAGACCUCCUUGCACACUGAUAAUUUACCUGUUGAUCACCAGUCAAUCAAAUCAGGUGAUCUGCAGUCCACACUGAUUAUUUACAAAGUUGAAUAUAGUCAAAACUACCAAAUUUGUUGGAUAAUGUAAUUAUGUCAUGAUUUGUUAGAGUUUAUUACUUCAUAAGGAUCUCAGAAUGUGUAAUGAUACGGACUGUAACAAUGUAAAAAAAAUAGGAUUGUUAUAACUGAAGUUGUAGAUUACUCAAUAUGCUUAAUACUUUGGUUACCACUCCAUACAACAAUGUGAUGUAGUUCUUUCUGUGCAUUCAAAUGUGGUUGGUUUGCAGCAAGACAUUUGAAAGUUGUUACACGUAACAGUUACUACCAGCUUUUUUGUUAGAUACGGGCAGAAAAACGGAUCCUCUGUAAACGCUCAUCUGUCCUUUUUUACCGUGGUGGUCACAAAACUAGACUUUUUGUGCACCUGUAUACCAUGAACAUGAAGGGUGGUAGAUUUUGGGGAGAGUUAAUUUCUUUCUGUACAUGUUUGCACCUAUAGAGACUCAACAGCUUUACCAGAUGAUAUGUGCUUCAUUUGCAGCUUGGACUCCUGUAAAUAAAAGUUGUCUUUGCA